AUGAACCAUGGGAGGAACCCGCAGCCACACUCCUCCGCUGUGGCCGAGGGACCUGCCGGGGAUCGGAGUGCAGGCCGAGGUCUGGGGCCACACUCACACUCCCAUCACGGACGGCUGGCAAAGGUGCCCCGGUGGAUGCCGAGAUGGGAAGGGGAGGGCGGGCCGCUGAGCUUUCACCAGCGGUCACGACCGCCUAGCGCUGAGGCACGUGAGCACAAGCUGCUCUGGACCAGGGGACGCCCUGCUUACACCGAGGUCACCAGACAGACGUUCGUGCUUUCACAGAAAUUAUUCCUCACUGGUAUCAGCUCCUUCUCAAGUAACUUUGCAAGGAUGCUAAACAUUUUAAUCGAGUUACAAAGUAGUCUGAACUACGAGAGCAGGACUCUAGAAGGUGAUCCCUCAAAGGAAAUGGUGGGGGUCAGAGAGGGCCACGGCCACGGCCCCAAAACCAAGAAGCACUGCUGUCACCCCGCCCACACCGAGCCUCCUGGCCAGGGAGAGCGUGAGUCAGCCCCGACGAGGAAUCCGACUUUCCUUCAGCCGAUUGCACGCUCUGAGCUGAACGUCUCACAGAGGUAA